AUGUCUACGGGAACAUCAAGUAAACGGGUACCAUCGACAACCGGAGGAAAUACCUCCGUUUCACCCACGAAGUCGCGCACAUCCGACAUAUCCUUAGCACACUCCAGCUUCUCUACACCAGGAAGCUCCCCUGCAAGCCUUUCAGCCAAGGCAAAUCGGUUGUACCAAGAGGCCAAAACCCAAAUGGAGCAGUCGGGAAAUAUAAAAACAUCUAUCAAGGAAACCGUGCUCAGUAAUAUCGCAGGGAUGUAUGAGAUCAUUCUCCGACUUAGUGAGUCAAGACAGACACUCCAGGUACAACUGGAGAAGUCUCAAGCAGAAAAUGCAGCGACAUUGUUAAAGCGCGAGUGGGAACAUGCGGAGCAACUAUCUGAAGCGAGGAAACAUAGUCCAUUUUCCUCAACUGCAGCGUCUCCGCCAAUCGAGCUAAUGAAGGAGCUUUAG